CUGUAACGCAUCCACAUCCACCUCUCAUACAAAAUGAAACCUAUGUAUCUAAUUUUUUGUGAGAAAUCUCAUAGUAAUAUCUAACUAUCAGUACUAGAGACUGUCCCGGAUGUUGAAAGUAUUGCAGGAUUCUCUUACACUGAAGACACUACUUUUGAGCAUGGUUAUGUUGACACAACACAUCAUUAGAAUAAGUCUCUUAGCUUGACACGACUUCUCCGUCCUUUUACCAUCUACGACUACUAACCAGCGUGCUAGUACAAGAAAGACUGAUGUAUAGGUACAACGUGUUUUUUGCUAAUCUCGAGCUGCAGGCAAGCGGUCGUAGAUUGUUCCUUUGGUGAACUGUUGCGUUAAUUGUUAAAAGACGAGCGAAGAUGAAGUGAAUUACCAAUCGAUUUUCCCUUGGAUGCAUCGCUCUGAGGGACAUGAUGAUCACUACAUGCUGUUUUGUGCUAGCAGGCAAUCGCGAUCUCUAUCACCAUCUGAAUCUAUAAUCCGUUGCUUCCCAAUAUUAGUUGUAAAAUCCUACAGGUAGUUUCCCGCUCCACCCCCAGCAACAAGAUUUUGAUUUUCAUUCCCAUUCCCAAAAUUUUUUUUUUCCUUGAAUAAAGUUUUGUUUUCUACUCACAAGUACUUUUUGCUUCCUCGCAUCGUCAUUGUAUCGUGCUCUCCACCAUUCUUACAAGUUACAGCUACUAGAUGAUCAGCAAUGUCCAGCACGACAGCCAGUCCGCCCGCACCUGGCGCCACCGCUCCUCCAGUAGAGGACCCUAGCGAAACCGUUUCCCGAAUCUUAGCACUCGAAUCCGACCUCUCGUUCAAGAAGAAGUUUCGGCCAGCGUGCCAAGAGUUCAGCAGAUUCAGCGAACAGGAUACUGGUAACGGGAAAGUUGACGAAGCCUUACUACGUGUAGCGGAUCGAUGCCAUGUGGUGUUGACGACAAGACACACAAACCCGAUAUUCUGGCAAUCCGGAUUGGACUUUUUUCUGUCCUUGCAGUUUAGACUCGACAGUUCUUGUGGCCGCGUUGGGGGAGACCACGGUGGACGAGAUGGAGGAGGUUGUGGAGCUACGGCCCAACAAGAAAAAAUGAGAUCCAGAAUCAGUAAAUUCGUUGAGCAGUCAUUAGAGGAGGUGGACGAAGAUGCCAGGGAAAAGCUCGCUGCUGAAAAACUCCAGCGUCGAAGAGAGCAAGCAGAACGGGAUCGAAGGUCAGAGGCCGGAGGAGGACCAGGAGUGAACCCUUUUGGCGGUGGUUUUGGAGGAAUGGACUCAAAUUUUGAGGAUUUCAUUAGAGCACAACUUCAAGGUGGAGGCACUGGUUAUGGCUUCCCCUAACCCAUGAUCUUGGAAAGUAUCUCAGAGACGUUUUCAAGGGGGAAACGGUCUCAGGAUGGGAUUUCGGGAUGGAUUAGGAUGAGCUCUAAACUGGAGGUCUAGCGAAUAUCGCCAACCUGUUCGAACCGACUCCAGACCCUCGCUCUGUUCACCACUUAGAUCGUCACGAACUGCGCAUCGUACCCAAUGACGACGAAAGUGCGAUAUGCACGAUUUGUUUAGAACCUCUAGGCAAGAAAGCCAAGAAGAUGCCCAUGUGCGGACAUCUAUUUCAUGACGCAUGCAUCAUGGAAAGCCUGGAGCACAAUAAAAGCUGUCCUCUCUGUCGAGAUGAUCCUUUGAAAGGUCAAAAAGUCUACACGACGGACGACUUCCGAAAAGUGGAUGAGCAUUUUCGAGCGGACGGAGGGAGUAUGUUUUCAUAGCAUAGAAGCCACAACCUUCAGCUUCGCGGCAAGCUUCACGAAGUUGUCAACACUUUCUUUUGCAGAAAAUCGAAAGUUUGAUGUAUGAUCUAGAAUUUCAACGAGCUUCAUCUCAGUUCGGCGACUGGUUAAAUAGAACAAAGCUAAAGUUUUUUGUACAGUCAUUCCGAUUUUCAAUCCAAGAACUACACAGUAA